AUGAAAAGCAAGCCUGGCAAGUAUGGCAUUAAAAUUUGGGAUUGCGCUGAUGUGAAGACAUCUUACUUAUUACAGAUCCAAAUUUACACAGGAAUGGUGGACAAUACUCGGGAAGUGAAUCAAGGACAGAGAGUCGUUUUGGAUCUGAUGGAACCAUUUCUGAAUAGCGGAAAGAGACUCCGAAGGAAUUCUUGCCAAACAGAAGUUCACUCUUCAAUGCUGGGUUUCCCAAAUGACUUGACCCUAGUUUCCUAUGUUCCAAAGAAGAGAAAGGCAGCAAUACUACUCUCUACUCAGCACAAUGAGAGACGAGUGAGUGGUGAAGAAAGUGAACACCAACCCGAAAUCAUACUGCACUACAAAAAAACCAAAGGUGUUGUAGAUAAUGGGGACAAAAUGACAAGAGAAUAA